CACAGACAGGCAUUGACCAAAUUGACCACACAGCAACUCAGUGCGCUCGAUGAGUCGACAUGUACGCAGGCAGAGAGAGCAGAGGCAGGCGCACACAGACAUGAUGAGAGUCCCCCUCCCUUUUGCAAGAGAGCACGACAGACAGCAAUCAACACACUCACGGCUCCAUCACGACAGGCCGACCGCUACAAGACAACGGGUGGAGAAGCAACACACAUACACACAGAGAGGGGCUGUCAGUGGCCGACUGACCGAUAAACCAGCCACGCAGAGCACAUCACUCGAUCGAUGAAGAAGUGUGUCGUUACCCUCCACUGCGCACAUGAUGCACAAUACAUCGGUCCUCCACAUCGGCACAUCACAUUCAUGGACGCUCAAUGACAUGAACGCACCAUAGAUACACCACAUAGGCCCACCAACAACCGUUCCGCGCUCACGCACCAGGCAUCCACUGAGUCAUUCGUGAGGCUUUUUUUUUCACACGCACACGCACGCAGACACACAUCGAGAGACACGAGCACGCCGACAGCGCACACACACAGCUUACGGGAGGACGAAGGCAGGCCCGAAAAUAGCGUUGCCAUGUGAAGCAGAAGGGAGCGCAAGAACAACUCAUCGAGAAUGUGCCCUGUGCAGGAAAAUAACAGAAGGUCAGAUAGCACCAGGAAGAAAAGCUACUGAAAGAACGGCGAAAGAGCUAGUAAGAAGCACGCAACGAUGGUGUGUUCGUUCAGCCAAGUGCAGUGCAGUGCAGUGCAAGCCGCACGUGCCUUACUCUAUCCCCAACACCUCCAUCUCAACGUAUUCUGUGGAGGGGGGUUUGGAGCCUGCGCCGUCCCGAAGUAUAAUUGCUCGCCUCACCUCCCCAACGCGCAUCUCCGGCAGAAGCUUUUCUGCUUCUUCGUACCCGGUGUCGUGUUGUGCCCAGGUCACAUUAUCAUACUGAGAUAUCAGAUCGCCCACUUUCACUGGCCGCCAAGCAGCAUUCACUUUAGCUUUUGGCCUAGUUUCGUCACCGGGGAAGCCCCGCCGCCAUUCCGUAAACCUGUAGCGGAUGACAUUGUUCUGCGUUGCAGCCGCCCCAGUGCCGGGCUUGACCACUUGGUACAGCAGCUUCAACGAGGGAGACCAGAUGAAUGUCCUGUUGACAAGUUCGUCGGCCGGUCGACGUGUCGCAUCCGCACAUCCGUCCAACCUGAAAGAAAACAAGAAACAAACUUGACGGCAAUCAAGCAGCCACGACGGCUGCAUGCAUGACAUUGUAUUCACUCUCACAUUUUGUCCCACGUCGUGUUGGCAUACACAUCGCCAAGAAGUUGGACCUCGUCAAAAUGCUCCUCGAGAAUGGGCCGCCACUGGCCGUCGACUUCCAUUAUGUAGCCUCCCUGACCAUCAAGUUCCUCACCAUCAAGGUGGACGCAACGACCGUCGAGGACACCCACAGCCUUCCCCGCAGGCUUCAGCUGACCAUCACUGACACGAGAAACACAGCGAAGGUGCGGUUGCGCGAGCAUCUUGAGGUUGUUACCUGACUUCCGGCACACCCCGUGUGAAUUUGACGUCGGCAAAUCUUUUGAUGUCUUUCCAGCAGCUCGACCGGAUCGGCCGGCGAAGGCCCUCCGCCUCUAUCUGAUGGCAAUCAUCGCUGUCGAAGUAUACAAAGCAACCUUGGAGCAACCCAAUCGCCUUGUCAGUCGCUCGCAUCGUCAGAGCCACCCCUGGAACCACACACAGCCACGGACAGCAGUCGAGUUCCCCCUCCUUUAUGUACACACUCAGAGUCCCAUGGCAUUGCUCACUUGACGCUGGGUUCCUUCUUGCCCUCAGCAGUCUGUUCACACGGCUCGGGCGAGAGAUCUUGGACAGAUCUGCUACAAGGAAGCCACCAGAUGAACGGAGAGGGGCGAGAUGACGCCCUUCUCCCAUAUGUCCCAGGGCCGCAGCAACGAUAGCAAGCCACAAAGCCAUCAUCAUGAGCACGUCGAGACGUUCUUUCGCAGGUUUGAUGAAUUUGAUGGCUCCACAGAGACGAAUGAUGCUCCUCACUGCGCUCUUCGUCCGAAAAC